AUGAUUCGCCACGACGCCCUGGAGAAGUUUAACGAACACGCGCCCCUUGAAGACCGAGUCAACUGGUGGGAGCGCUUUAUGUACUACGCUACCAUGGCACCAUGGGAUGAACGCACCCGGGGUGUCCAACUACGCAUGCAACUUACGGAAGAUCUCAAGGAUUGGGUCAAUCAGCUCUCAGAUGACAUUCGCUCGAACUGGAAGCUCUUUCAUGUCUUCAAAAAGGAGUGGUGCCGAAGCAUUGGUCCCAAGGCUGAGCGACAGAAGCCAGCCCCAGACCGUAAGGUGCACAUUUGUGGCUUCAUCAAGGCGCUGGGUGAUUCUCGGCUGAGGCCCACCUUGCAAGGCCAGAGGUUCGACACACUAAGCGAGCUGGAGGAGACGCUGAAGCGCAUUGAAGCUCUGCAGCGAGAUGAAAGCCGUGAUCCUCAGCAAAAGCGAAGUCCGAUUCAGAACUUGCAGUUUGACCGGUUCAAGCCGCAGCAACGCCGAGCUGCGGGAUGCGCAUUCUUGGCGGAUGGUGGUGAAAAGCUGAGGCUGAAGCCCGAGUUGAAGUUGCUGAAGCCUAAGAGCCCCAAGCGUCAGGGACGAGUAGUUCUGCACCGCCCAGAUCCCAGCCCAGACAAGAUGAGUACCAGCGCGCUGAGCUAUGCGGAGAAUGCGGCAGCAGCCGCCAUGCAACGGAGAAGUGCUGGAGCAAGCUCAUUUGUGGACGUUGUCACGAGGAAGGUCAUCAGACUCAGUUCUGUCGACGUCAACCGAGUUCCAAGUGUGGGGACUAUCAUCACCGGUGACAUGUGGUCGGAUUUGAAGGCGGUGCAGGGUGCCAUCCGCGCCGAAGGCUCUGUCGAGGGCCUCUCUUCGGAAGUAAUCCACGUGCUCUUAUAUAGCCCGGAGUCUGAGACGCCGUUAAACCCUUAG